GGAGCAAGGGGCGCGCUGGCAAAGUUUUACGGAGAAGCUGCUGAAGUCACGCCGAGUUUGCGGCUGUUUGUUAGCGGGAGGCCGCGCAGCAGCGAGCGGGCUGAGGAGCGCGUCCGCCGGUAUGAGGGUGCGGUUCGCCCCGCUGAACGUCCCGCUGCGGAGGAGGCUGCAGACGGCCGCCGUGCUGCACUGGAUCUUCUCCUUCCUCUUCCUCGCUCAGUGCUGUCUUGCAGUCUUUGUCCUCUUGGCUCUCUCUGAUUGGUGGAUGGGGGCGUUGCUGUAUGCUGGUUGGCUGUGGUUGGACUGGGACACGCCCACCAGUGGAGGUCGGAGGUCACAGUGGGUCAGGAGCUGGACUGUCUGGGAAUACUUCAGGGACUAUUUCCCAAUAACGUUGAUUAAAACUGCUGAUUUGGAUCCAAAGAAAAACUACAUCUUUGGCUUCCAUCCUCACGGUGUGCUUGUGGCUGGAGGAUUUGGGAACUUCUGCACAGAGGCCACGGGUUUCUCUCGCCUCUUUCCUGGACUGAAGUCUCACCUGUUGAUGCUGCCGUUCUGGUUCAGAGUCCCAGUCUUCAGAGACUACAUCAUGUGUGGAGGUCUGGUGUCCAGCAGUAAGUCCAGUCUGUCUUACCUCGUCAGUCAUCCUGAGGGCGGGAACGUUGCUGUUGUUGCAGUGGGCGGAGCUCCAGAAGCUCUGGAUGCUCGUCCGGGAGCGCUGACCUUACAGAUCCUAAACAGGAAGGGUUUCAUCAAACUGGCUCUGAAACACGGAGCUCAGCUGGUUCCAGUUUUUUCUUUUGGUGAAAAUGACCUGUUUGACCAGUUAAACAACCCCACCGGCUCCCCCCUGAGGACACUGCAGGAACGCCUGCAAAGCAUCAUGGGAGUGGCCAUGCCUCUGUUCCAUGCCAGAGGCGUUUUCCAGUACAGCUUUGGCCUGAUUCCGUACAGGAAGCCCAUCCACACCGUCGUGGGAAAGCCAAUCUGUGUGGUCCAGUCGCUGAGUCCGAGUCAUCAGGACAUCGAUGUCCUACACAAACUUUACCUGCAGCGGCUAACGGAACUGUUCGAGGAGCAUAAACAUGCGUAUGGCCUGCAGGAAGACCAACACCUGACCUUCAUCUGACCUCCAGGGCCUGACAGGAAAAUUUUAACCUCAGUCAGCCUGAACUGCACCACGCUAACGGUGUGAGCAGGGUCCAGGAAUGCUAACACUGCUAGCUACGCAUAUUGAAUUGGGAAUGCUAACACUGCUAGCUACGUGUAUUGCGUAAGGAUUGCUAAUGCUAGUGUGGUGUGAUUGACAGUGUAAUCUGGCAGAUGAUUGACAGUGACCUGCAGGCUAACAGUGUGAUGUCAUGCUGAAAAGCUAAUAUUUCACACCUUGACAUUUCUGCCUAAAACAAAAUGUAGGAAUUGAAAUAAGUUGUUAAUGUUUUUCGGGAGUUUUUGACAAAUCAAUUUUAAAACAUCUCAGAAUUUAAAUGUUGAAUUAAGGCAAAGCUUUAUUCUGAAACACUUGUCAAAAGUGAUUUUUUUUGUGAAGGAUAAAUAAAUGUUUAUUAGUCUGU